AAAAAAAGCAGUGUAGGUUAGAGUGGAGGAGCAAAUGUCGAGCGGAAAGCGUGGGCCGCCAAAGCACCAGAACAAGUUCGCAUGGAAACCCAACUCCGGCGUCAAAAUCAACGAAACGGAAGUGGGAGGUAGAUUUCGCCCUUUCUCGGAGAUCACCGGAGUCUGCCCUCGCUGCAAAGAUCAGAUUGACUGGAAGAGAAAAUAUGGGAAAUACAAGUCUCUCGUGGAGCCGGCCAAAUGUCAGAAAUGUGGGAAAAGGGCAGUUCGUCAGGCCUACCACAAUCUUUGCUCUGGGUGUGCCAAGGAGCACAAAAUAUGUGCUAAAUGCUGUUGCAGUGUCGAGAAGAUUGUUGGAAGAGAUAGCUCAGAGGUUGAGGCCGAGCGCAAGGAGCUUGAGGAGGCCAUUAAGAAUGCCCGAGAAAGGGAGAGAAGGACACUUCUUCGAGCAAUGAAUGGCAAAAAAACUGGUACGACUGCCCCAAAAAUUGCGGAUAGAAGCAGAGAGGGAGAUAUUUUCUCUGCUAACUCCAUCGAAGAAUGUGCUGAAACUACUAAACAAAGCAAUGGGGAUGAGGAGGAUGAUGAUUUUCUUUGUAAAUGAGAAGGGAAACACAAGAGACUUGAUGAAACUGCUAAGCGAUAAUGAUGAGUAUUUUUUUAUUUUAUGCUGCUAAUGUUACUGUUUGGUGGAUUAUUUGAGAUGUUAUUUUUUUCAAUCCAAUCAGGACUUUCUGGGA